AAGGUGGGGGACCCACAAACCCUAAAUACAGCUGUAUGGCCGCACCUUUGCCCUGCCACCCUGUCCAGCCCCUCGGUCAGGUCGGGCAGUCCACCAUCCAUUUACCUGCCCGUAAUUCCCUUCCCCUCUCUCCCCCCUAUAUAAACCCUACCAUCUUCCCCAUGUCUCCUCCCACUGAUUACGUCUCUGCAAUUCCUCUCUGCAAAACCCUAGCUUUUCCAAAGAGGAAUCGUAGAGCUUCCCCCAAUUCGCCCCUCUACAUUUUCAUCAUUUUCCGGGAAACAGCCAAACAGAAAGAAAUGGAGGCAAUGAAGAUGAAGCUUUUCCUAGCCGUUGUCAUGAUGAUCCUGGCCGUCUCCGCCGUGCAACCCGCCGCCGCUGCCACCGCUCCGGCGCCCGCCCCGGCUUCCGACGCCGCCAUCUUCGUCCCCACCUUCUUUGCCUCCCUAACCGCCCUUGCUUUUGGCUUCCUCCUCUGAGAAACUCACGACUCCCCAUAUGAUAUCUUCAUUUCAUUCUCUCUCCCUACACCCCCAUUUCUUCCUCUUGUCUCUAGAGGGAGGGAGGGAAGGAAGGGGGGAGGGGAGGUGAAAUGGGUUUAGAUUUUUUUUUCUUUUUUUCUUUUUUUAUCUUGGGGAAAAAUUGAUUCAUAGGUAUUAUUAUUGAUGGGGUUUUGGGGGUUUGUUUGGUUGUUGUGGUUCAUGUAUUUGGUUGGUAUUGUUGUACUAUAUAUGUAUAACUUUUGAGUUUAUGAAUGAUGGAUUUGUGUAAUAUUUUUUUUUUCCUUUUUUUGUGAUGGGAGUUAGAGCAAUAAGAAGAUCAAUGAGAGGAUUUUCGUGGGAUUUCCAUGGAUUUGAUGAUGAUGAUGAUCUUUGGAUGUUGGUGGAGGUUUGAUCUUUUGUUGUAUCAUUUCAUUUCUAGUUUGUGAUCCCAUUUUAUAGUGUAAUAAAAUUCCAUUAUUUUUCAAAA